ACAUGAGCUGCAAGAAGAUGAGAUGCAGAUUCAAAAACCUCAUAAUAGUUUAUUGACAGGUUUUCCAGUGGCAAUAAGGUAUCAAAAGGAAAGAUCAGAUUUCAUUAUAAUGGAGUAAGCGAACAGCCAGAGACAUGUCUACCUUGACAAACAUGGAUGCUCGGCCAAAGAUGCACAACAUCAGGGACCGACCUGCAUACAAACAUCCUCAACAUACACAAAAGGCAUUUGAGGUUCUCAACCAUAUGAGAAGGCAGCAUCUUCUGUGUGAUGUAACAAUUGUGGUAGACACAACAGAAAUCCCCGCCCACAAAGUAGUGCUCUCCUCUUGUAGCCAGUAUUUCUAUGCCAUGUUUACCGGAGACCUGGCAGAAGCUAAAUCUGACAGAAUCACACUGCAGGAAAUUGACCCCAAGGCACUUGUUCAGUUGAUAGACUUUGUCUACACUUCAGAAAUCCAUGUUACAGAGGAAAAUGUACAGACUCUGCUCCCUGUUGCCAACAUUCUGCAGAUAACAGAGGUUAGAGAUGCCUGCUGUGAUUUCCUCCAGUCCCAACUCCAUCCUUCUAACUGUAUAGGAAUCCGAGCCUUUGCUGACCUGCACGCCUGUACAGAGCUUCAGAAUUAUGCACAGACUUACACAGAACAACAUUUUGUGGAUGUUGUUCAUUUUGAUGAAUUCCUUUCAUUAAAUGUGGAUCAAAUUUGUAAGCUGAUUUCCAGUGACAGGUUAACUGUUGUCACAGAAGAACAGGUUUAUGAGGCUGUGUUGUCCUGGGUGCAACAUGAUUUGACCAAUAGACAACAAGAAAUUGCACUAUUAUUAGAACAUGUCAGACUGCCAUUAAUAACCCAGGAAUAUCUGGUUCAAAAAAUAGAGGAGGAACCAUUAGUGAAGACCAGUAGUCGAUGUAAGGAUUUCCUUAUAGAGGCUCUAAAGUAUCACCUUCUGAAAUCAGACCAGAAAGCUGGAUACAAAACUCCCAGAACACUGCCAAGAACACCACUAGGACUUCCCAAGGUUUUGUUGGUAAUUGGAGGGCAAGCACCAAAAGCUAUUAGGAGUGUAGAAAGUUAUGAUUUCAAGGAAGAGAAAUGGCACCAGCUGGCUGAGAUGCCAUCAAGGAGGUGUAGAUGUGGUGUGGCUGUGAUAAACGGACUUGUAUAUGCAGUGGGAGGAUUUAAUGGAUCUCUGAGGGUCAGGACUGUUGAUGUUUAUGACCCUGUCAAAGACAUGUGGACAUCAUGCCCCAGUAUGGAGGCUAGGAGAAGUACAUUGGGGGUUGCUGUAUUACAUGGGAAUAUAUAUGCUGUUGGAGGAUUUGAUGGAUCAUCAGGACUGGACACGGCUGAGUGCUAUGAUGUUCGCUGUGGAGAAUGGAGGAUGAUAGCCCCUAUGAGUACAAGGAGGAGCAGUGUAGGAGUUGGUGUUGUUAAUGGUAUGCUGUUUGCAGUGGGAGGUUAUGACGGAGCUUCCAGACAGUGCCUGAGUUCUGUAGAGUGCUACAACCCAAUGACAGACAUGUGGACACCAGUUGCAGAAAUGUCAUGUAGGAGAAGUGGAGCAGGUGUUGGAGUUGUAGAUGGGUUGUUGUAUGCUGUUGGUGGCCAUGAUGGACCUCUUGUUAGAAAAAGUGUAGAAGUUUACAAUCCUGAAACGGACAGCUGGUCACAAGUCAACGACAUGCAUCUGUGUCGAAGAAAUGCAGGUGUUGUAGCAAAUGGUGGUUUUCUGUAUGUGGUUGGAGGGGAUGAUGGAUCAUCAAACCUAGGCUCUGUUGAGUGUUUCGAUUAUAAAACCAACCAGUGGACAUUGUUAUCUGCCAGUAUGAUGACUGGGCGGAGUUAUGCUGGGGUUACAGUAAUAGACAAACCACUACUAGAACUCUAGCAGGACGCAAUAGAAAAUUGUGCUUCUACUUUUAUUUCGGUUAUUUGUACAUGUAGUACAUGUAUGUCUUCUAGAGUGAAACUCAAGGGAGAAAACUCUGUUGGUCCUACAUUAUAGUUCUGAAAAGCAUUGCGGAAGAGUUACAUAUCUGUGAUAACAAUUGUGUAAUUGAUGUGCAAUAUUUAAUGGCAUGACAUUUGUUCUGUUUUGUGAUGUAUGACCUCUAAGGUAUAUGUAUUUCAGUAUUUUUAAGUGUUAAAUGUUACUCAUUGAAGUUUACAUGUAGAUUGUUGUGUGUAUAAAUAAUGAUUAGUGUGUAGUUUGGUGACAAAAUCAAGUCAGUAGUACCCUUACUACUGACUGAGAGAUUCAAAGAUACUACAGGUACUUAAGGAAGUUUUCCUUUUUUACACACAGUAGGCAAAAAUUACAUGUACUUUGUCAUAAGUUAUUUUAUUGUAUGAUUUCCAGGUUUGUUAAUGAUUAUAAGGUCGAUUAGAUAACAGAAUGCAUGUCUUAUGGAUAAUGAACAAUCUAUUUCAGGAUAGGUGCAGUAUUAAUGACUGUUACUUGAUCCAGACUUUCCCAUACUUCAUUACUUUCUGUAUCAAAUAUUGGUAGGGAACUGAAAUUUAGAUGAGUUUAAUUAGAUUAUAUCGAAAUAUUGAUAACAUAUAUUUAUCUAGUUUUAAUCUAUAAUUUUGUUUAGCUUGAAAUGGAGUUGAGAAAUAUUAGAGUUUUAAGCGUAAACUUUUUGUUCAGUAAGAAUUUAAAAUAUUUUUUCUUAACAAAUGAUUAACUACAUGUACAAGUGUGUACAAUGUAAUGGGUAAUUUCUUCAAUUUUUUAAGCUCUGUAAUAUUUUCUGCUUCUGUCAGAAUCACAAAAUAUGAAGUAAUUUUUGAACAAGGAUCACAAAAAUUAAAGCACAAUAAAAAUAAUACUGCAUUUGUGGGAACAAAUUACAAAAUAUAAAAUCAAGCCUCAGAAAACUUCAUGUAUUCUUUUACUUUUAACAAUCAUGGCAUAAUCAUGUACUGUGAAGUAUCAUGAGUAAGUUUUAAUAUAAGGGACCAAACAACUUGCACUGAAGUGGGUGGACAAUGGGGCCAUAAUGUAUCAUUUUCUACAAGUAGCGAAAAUGUAAUAGUUGUUCUAGAUGUCAUUUUUUGUUUUUUGGAAAUUUUAAUUGAAAGGUAUAUGUCAAUAAAAUACCGUAGAAGACAAGUGUGAAUGUAAAUCAAUACUAAAAUAUUCUCAGACUUUAAUGAAGUUUAAACUUUUCAAAUAAACUUGCUGAUGUGCAUUUGAUGCCAGUAGUAAUAUUAUAUGGGUUUUUCUCCAUUGACAGCUCUUUCAUCAGUGUAAAUGGACAUGGAACCCAAAGAUUACCAAUAAGUGAUAUGAAAUAGGCAUAUUUAUAUUUCUGAAUCAAUAAUUAGUGCAAGUAAAUAAGGAAGGGUUAUGUGGGUGGAUUUUUAUGGAGUAGUGUGUAUUUGUAUAAAUAUUAAAAUAUCAAUGUCAAUGGUCACUUUUCAGACAUAGAUUUUACUGUUAUAACCUAGAAAUAUAAUAUCCACAGGACUUUCUCUAUCCUUGAUCAGCCAUUGGAUGUUUUUUUUUUCUCGUUUUUUUGUUGUUUUUGUUUUUUGUUUUUUUUUGAUAAAUAGGUUGUAGAUUUUUAUUUUGACAGGAACCAGUGAUAUAAUAAAGUUUAUCUGUGGGAUCAAAAGACUGUGACUUUUGUUUUUACUAUUUUUAUCCAUCAUGGUACACUGUACUAUUUACUUAAAUGCAUUACUUUCCAGAAAAAAGAGUUUUUAAGGAUUUAAUUCAAAGAUUGUGAAUCAUUACAAAUAACUUGUGUAUGAAAUAUUCAAGAUAUUAAGAGGAUCCAGUGAAGGAAAUCCUAGAUCUCGUAAACUCCUAAAUGAUCGCUGCAUGUUUAUAGUGCAUUUAAUCUCUUCCUUAGAUUAUUUGACAAUGCCUAUUUCAUGUAUAUUGCAGAGAAACCAAACUUAAUGUUCAUGUUCAAUUAUGUGCAUAUACUUAGAUAUUGAAACUAAAUUAUGUAAAAUAAAGCACUGUGUUAACCUUUUGUU